AUGGAGCCCGACCCGUCAUGGAAGGAGCACACCACCGGGAUCCUCCAGCAGACUAUCGGCCGCCCCGCGACUCGGCGCGGCGAGGUCGACGCACACGGCAGAAGGGUGACAGCAACGCACGAGGAGCAGAAGCUACAGGAUCGCAUUGACAUGGUUGUGCAGUAUUGCAAUUGGAAUGUCAAGAGCAACAGGUUAGUGCACUACGAAAAAGGUUGUGGUAGGUGCAGUUCUCGAGAUGAUGCGUGUGCUAACGUUGCCGAUGCUCUUCUCAAUGGCCAGGUCAUUCCUGAUUCCAAUUGCACAGUUCCUUGCAAGCACCGAUUUGGGAGUUGCGCGGAUGCUUUGAGAGAACAAUCUGCUGGCAUCAUGAUCUCGCAGCUGCUGAGGAGGUCAUUCGAUGAGGCGUUUCCGACGCGGGAUGCCCCAGAUCUCGUCCCAGAGCACGAAGAGGAUGACGCCAGGGAGCGCCGGUACAUUAAGGGCAAAGUAUAUCGGAGCAAAAAGGCGCUUGCUGAUUCCUCCAGGUGCCUGCGCAGCAUCGCUGUUACAUUUGUUUUGCAGCCCCUGGAGUGGGUGUGGUCGAGAUUGCAGCAUCUGGAUGAUCAAACGGGCACGCUGGCUCUCAUAGUUGGCUCGACCAGCCCGUUCCGUGUUGUGCAGACUGCUCUGCUGGAUUUCGUGAACGCUCCGUCGCCUGCUGUCCAGCGCCUUCUCCACCAUUACAUGGGCGACGCGAGAGCACUGGAUCUUGUGCAAGCCGAGUGUCUUCAUGUCGUGCUGUGCGCCAGUUCGUUUAUCUGGUUCAGGUUCGAGCGAACGUUGGAGUGGUGGCCCUUUAAGCUCCUCCUGUGGGCGAACAACCCCGGGCACGACUACGUGGUCGACGAAUUCUUCGCCACGCCUCGCUGUUGCCUCGAAGAUUCGAUGUCCAUCAAACUGAGGGACUUGUACGGCGGAGACGAUGGCAAACAGAAGUUCUUAGACGAUGACAAACUGAAGCAGGCGCUGCGACUGUGGGGAGACACUACUAAGAUGACCAACAUGCACAUCGAAAGGCUUCUCGCCAGACUCAAGGAAGCUGGCGGAAGGGAGUCCCCAUUCCCGCUUGAAAGAUUAUGCGCCGACGGCUUCCUUUCGGAGUUCGUCAGAUGCCACGUCGCCGUCGGCGGUCGCGACUGCCGCGUGUGGACGCGGGCGGACUUGUCCAGGCAGGGCGUGCCCGCAGUUGCCGACGAGAUCGCGCUGCGCAAGGCUUCGCAGAAUCGUGGGGGCGCCAGAGGGUGGAUGGUGUACGCGAGAGAGCAGGAGCUGAACUUGGAGGUCCCGUUGGCGAAGGGCGAGGACAGGAAGGCGUUCUACAGCUUCAUGGCCCAGCGUUUCCGCGACCUCCCCCCGCGCGAGAGGCGGCAUUACCGCGAGCGUGCGUUGGAGCGCGCGUCUGCGCGACGGACGGGUCGUCAGAGGAGUUCUGAGUUUGACGCCGAUGCCCCGCCGCUGGUCCAGCACGCAUCCUCAUCGCUGUGGGGGCUGUCGUCGCCGGACUUGCCAGUCGACUCCGACCUCUUUGUGGACGCCGUCAGGUGCAAGUGCGCUCCGAGAUAUGGCAGGGCCUGCUCCGAGAACGAGGCUGCGAUGUCCUUCAACAGGUGGGGCCCGAAGUGCAGGGGGGCUUUCCAGAAGGGCUGCUACAUCGUGGACAAAGGAUACGUGCCCGAGGGGGUGAACUUCAAGACCAGGCUGACCUGCCAGGAGCUCCACCCGGGCUUCUGUUGCACUGCAGACCGUCUGCGUUACAAGCACUUGAGGAAAUUGAAUCGCCAUUUCUUGCAGUUUUUGAAGCAGCAGAAGUGCGAGCGGUCGAUGUUGCUCGCCAGGGUUUUGAGCGCCGAGGGGCGCGAGUUGAGCCACGUGUAUUUGUAUUGCACUCACGUUCGACAGCGCGAUCCUGCCAUCGGGCUCUUCGUGCAGUUCACGGCGAGGACCUCGGCUGGGAAUUUGCUGGAGCCUGUCGAGGAGGGGGCGUCUCGUGCUCUGAGGCGCGGGAGUCAGAGCUUUUUCCUGAAGCGUCUCGAAGGCAUCGGCAUCGGACCUCUCAGCACUGGCGAGUUUCACGUGCACGUGCUUGGGGGGCUUCGAGGGGCAACUGCAGCCGAGCUGAGCGCGUGUUUCGCGCGUCCGUUGGGCGUGGUCAGCGUCGCAGAGCCAGGCGAGCCCGCCUUGGUCAUCGAUCUCAGCAGUGCACGACUUGUCCCUGAUGCUGACGAGGGGGGCGGAGAUGGCGCUCCGCGACCUGUGGACCCUGCUUUCGCUGGUAUGGAAGAGCUCGAAGGAGUGAUAUUGGGCGGGUUCAAUGAGAUGAAGAAGCCGAAGCCGCAGAAGAAAUCUACCGCUGGAUACGUGAUCGGGGUCGAGCCUGAGUGCGACCUGACCGUUGACAUAGAUCCCGCAGAAGUUGCAGCGGCCAUGAAAUUGGACAAUGAUCACAAGGUUGAUGGCCCAUGCGAUGAGUUCGACAGCUCCGACUGCGACGUGCACGUGUUGGCGGAGGUGGGGUCCGACUCCAGCGAGGACGACCAGGACGUCAUUGCGGCAGUGUACACGGGCAAGGCGAUGAAGCACAAGGCGCCGCUCAAGAAGGCAGACGCCCUGCCGGGCGUGCGCAAGAAGGGGCGCUACAACUACGUCACGGUGCCUGGCUACGGCGUGUUCGCAUGGGACAUUGACGAGAGCACGCUCAACGCGCAUUGUGAUAUAGCUUUGCACAACGCUGGCAUAUCCAAGUGCCACAUGAACCGACAGCUGACAUGCGCGGAUCCAGCGCACCCGCGUCGCGGGGAAGGUCGGCCUCUGGGGCAUCUCGCGGCGUGGCUGCUACUGGGACAUCAGCGCGCCGAGUGGGGCAAGAAGGGCCACCAGGACAUCAAGAAGGCGCUUGGGCGCGUCGAGGGGCAUCCAGCUCGCUUGGCCGCUCGGAACGACCUCAGGAGGUUGUCGCAGACGAUGCCCGAGGUGGCGCGCCUCUUCGCGCUGGAGAGGCCGCCCACAGCGACUGAGCUUGCGAGCGGCGGGGAGCCUCUCGAGAUUUCGUAG